UAUUAACAUACACCAUGAAUUGUUGAUUAUUUUGCAGUACAUCAUUAUGUUGGUGUUGAUAUUCAUAUUAGAGAUUUCCACUGGGCUUGUUGCUAUUAUCUAUAGAAGUCAGAUAUCAGAUGAACUAUUAAAUGGCAUUAGAGGAAAAAUCAACCAAUAUGGGUUUGCUGAUGAUGUGACAGAAGCUAUAGAUGAACUGCAGAAGAAGUACCAUUGUUGUGGAGAUAUCAGUGCAAAUAGUUGGAACACAACUGCCUGGAAACAGAGUGAGCUGAGUGGAAACAACACCGUACCUGAUUCAUGCUGCAAGACAUUCUCUAAUCGUUGUGGGGUCAGGGAUCACCCUUCAAAUAUCAAUACACAAGGCUGUAUCAAGAAGUUAGAAGACUUCUUUGUCAACCAGUUUACUAUCUUAGCAGGGGUUGGACUAGGAAUUGGACUGUGUCAG